CUAACGGCACAGCAAAAAUUAGCAGUUACAACUCUACGAGCUGUAGCAGAGAAUCAAUGGCCGCUGCUUCUCUCAACUCCUCACGCUUAUUUCAAUCCAACGCCGGCAACUAUUCAGCUGAAUGCCGCUCGUUUGUUAGGUCUACCGCCAACAGGUCCUUCAAAUUGAAGCCGAUCACGGCCGCUCUCACUGCCGCGCCCACCGUUGGAAUCUCCGAAACCUUCUCCAAAUUGAAGAAGCAAGGAAAAGUGGCACUCAUCCCGUAUAUCACAGCUGGUGACCCCAACCUUUCAACCACUGCGGAAGCGCUAAAGGUCCUUGAUUCAUGUGGCUCGGACAUUAUUGAACUCGGUGUACCUUAUUCAGACCCCUUAGCCGAUGGUCCUGUUAUCCAGGCUGCUGCAACAAGAGCAUUAGCCAAAGGAACCAACUUCGAUAGUAUCAUCGCAAUGUUGCAGGAAGUGGUGCCUCAAUUAUCUUGUCCAGUAUCAUUGUUCUCAUAUUACAAUCCAAUACUCAAACGUGGUGUGGAGCAAUUCAUGACCACGUUGCAGGAUACUGGAAUACAUGGUCUUGUAGUUCCAGAUGUGCCUCUAGAGGAGACUGAGAUAUUGAGAAAGGAAGCUGCCGAUAAAAAUAUUGAAUUGGUGCUGCUGACUACACCAACCACUCCAAGAGAGAGAAUGCAAGACAUUGUUGAAGCAUCAGAAGGUUUCGUCUACCUUGUGAGCUCGGUGGGAGUUACUGGAGCACGAGGUUCUGUCAAUAAUAAGGUUCAAUCUCUUCUACUGGACAUCAAGGAGGCAACGAACAAGCCAGUAGCAGUUGGUUUUGGCAUAUCAGAACCACAGCAUGUUAAGCAGGUGGCGGAUUGGGGAGCAGAUGGCGUGAUUGUUGGGAGUGCCAUGGUUAGAAUACUUGGUGAAGCAAAAUCACCUGAAGAAGGGCUAAAGGAGCUAGAGGUGUUCACCAAAAGCUUAAAAUCAGCCCUUGAGUGAUGAAAUUCUUUCAAACUGAGCACCUAGAAUUGCAACUAAACUGAAAACCACAAUUUUUUUUAUAUGAAUAAAAUAUGUUCAGUUUCCUUCUAUUAAAACAAUGGUGGUGGUGGUUGUUUC